AUGACCACUACUCUAGUAGAGAAUAAGGCUCUGACAACCAAAAAACCACUCAAUGCCCCUCUCUAUCUCUACUCUCGAGUCUCGACGACUCUCUCUGGAGACAGUGGAGCCUGCUGGGGGCGCCUGGGGCCCUCUGGGCCUGGGUUCUGGAAUCUGGAGUCUGGAACUCUGGACUACUGGGGCCUGAGCCCUGGGCCUGAGGCCAGGAGGAGUGGGUUGGAGAACGGAGGUCGGAGAAUGGAGGUAUUGGAGCCGGAGACUCGGAGAUUCUGA